AAAGCCAUGAUCAGGAAGCACUGACUGUUUUGCCCCUCCUCACACCUUCCAUUUGUUGGACUGGAAAUCAAACAGACAGAGACAAAGAAUCCUAUAAAAGGCGCGAGGUGGAAGAAAGGCCAUUCGUGGAACAGUUUGCUUUGGGCAUGGAGAUCAAUCCUAGAGAGAAAUAUUUAACCCUGGUUUGUGCAAUGGCCACUGUAGCUUAUAGGGCUAGCUUACCUUUAUUAUAGUCAUGGCUUUGCCUUCAUUCUGCCCUUAUUAUAUUCAGCAGUAAUGCAAGGAACCUACAGGCCUGUAUCCUAUAAGACAUUAGCUUCUGUAGUUAGCAUCAGGCUUGAGGCCUAUGAACUCUGGCACAGGUAAAUGGUCCAGUGGAAAACCCCAAGUAUUGGGGAGCUGAAAAAUAGAGUGUUUAAGGGGAAAUCCCACACAAGAGUGUCAUAGCGAUGAACUGAUGUACAUAACUGGUACAUAAGCUACCGCGCAUACUGAACCACAAGGGUGCCAAGGCAACGAACUGACGUGUAUGAUAAUAAGUUGAGAUCACUGUUAUACUAAUCUAUAGGAGAAGGACACCCAACAUUAGCAAGUGUAACACAACUUGGACAGUGCUGGCCAGGAUGUCUUCAGAAGGCUUUCUGAAGGAAGUACAGACCAUUGGUGAGAAGUUCCUGCUUAAGCUCCAGAAGCUGCCCAAGGCUGAACCUGUGGAGAUAGUGUCAUUUUGUAUUAUCCUCUUCUUUAUUGUUACCGUGCUGUCACUGAUGACCCUAGCCUGCAGCUGUUGCUGCUAUCGCUGCUGCUGCAACGGAAGCCCUGAUCAGAGAGGCAGGAAGAUCCAGAUCCAGCCAACUGCUCAUGUGUGAAAUGCAUCAGGAGAAGACAGUGAAAGAGGACAUAGGCAGCCACUGUGGCUGAAUCGCCUGGGAAUGACCCUCUCUACACUAACCCUCUGAAUGGGCUGGUGGGAGUGAAUGAGAAUACGCUGCAGAGGUAGGGUGACCAGAUGUCCUGUUUUUAAAGGGACAGUCCCAUUUUUGGGGGACUUUUUCUUAUAUAGGUGCCUAUUACCCCCAACCCCGAUUUUUCAUAGUUGCUAUCUCCUAACCCCAUGCAGAGGAGGAAAGUGGAUCAUAAGAUGGACUAGGUUGUUCUGCAAUGAUCACUGCCUGGGUCUGUGAUGUGGCCACAUAAGUAACACUAUUCUGACAUCCUUGUCUCCUUGCCAUAGAAAGACACAAAACCAGACUUUUCCCAAUGUGAACAUUGCAGCUGGGCUGGCAGAAAAUUCCAACAGGCUCUCUCUUUGUGAGCAAAGAGCAGCAAACCAGACAAAGACCACAUGCAGACUGCCCCAGGGUUAGGAAGGUCCCCUGCUCUCUUGAUAAAUGACCUAAUCCAGUGAGGUGGUGCUGGGCACUAGCAACUCCGACUGUCAUCACUGGAGAUAUCCAUUACCAGCACCCCUCAGGAUCAAGCCCAAAGCAAGUAUGGCUUUUCCUUCCCUGUCCUACUCUCUUUAAAACCAUGAGUAAUAGAGUACGUGAAAUUUAACAGAGCCAUCCACUUAGAGCACAGCAUGACAUGAACUUUCAGCUGGCAUGUGAGCUCAGAGACUGGAAGUACAGUUGGCAUCAAAUGCUCCCUGCUUUUAUUUUCUCAGUGUUACAAAGACAAGAAAACUGCCAAAGAGGAAAACAAUUAGACUAUGUGCAAUAUCCAUCAUACACUGAAGGAUGAAGGCAAGAGGGGAAAACCCUAACACAAACUGUUUUAUGUGCUUGCCCUGCCGGUAAUCAUUUUUAAAAAAAAAGCUUUUUAUUUAGAUCCUUCUCUUCCAUGAAAAAAAGUGUUGCCUUUUCUGCAUAUUGCAGGGUGAAUGUUCAGUACAGUGCAUGGGGCACUGAAGCAGAUGUACAAAUCCCUAUUAUUAUUCAUGGGAGUGGCAUGCCUAGCUCCCUGCACUAAAGAAGGCCGAUGUGUAGUUUAUAUUAAUGGCAGCAAAUGUUUAAGGUAUAUUUAUACACACAUGUAUUUCAGAGAGAGAAUAUACAGUGAGGGCAGUGUUAAUUCAGGACAUACGUGCAGCAGCUGAGAGAUGGCAUCAUGACAAGUGGUGGAGCAAACUGGAGCCAAGCAAACUGUACCGCUAAAGUUAACAAGUGCAAAUAAAUACCUUUUCAACACUGCAGCCACUGUGUAAAUUUGGUUUAUAUUCCAGUGAACUUCAAAAGGAAGUUACGUGUGUGUAAAGUCUGUAGCAUUGGACCCGACAUUUGUAAUUAAGGGUAGGAAAGGAGAAGAAAAACUACUCCCCUUUCUCAGUAAUCCGUUAGUUAAAAGGGGUUUAAUGUUUAAAACUGAAAGCAAUUAUGCCACAAUAUGAACUGAUCACCUUUAAGAGAAAUUAAAACAAGCCCAUUCGGACUUGAGAGUGUAAACAAAUCUUCCUCUACUCCCAUUUUGCAUUUUUACUACGAUUGAAACAGCCAAAUGGACUAAAUACACAUCUACAGUGCCAGAGUUCAGCUAUGGUGGGCUGAGUUACAAAGCUUUGAAUAUGGUGCUUUUUUAACACUUGCUGACACUUCUGUAAAAAGGGGCAAUGAAAAGAGGAAAAAUAUUUAAAAGAAUCCCUUAGCUAAAUUGCUAAGAGCACCCUAGAUUAUUAACAAUAGAGUGUGUGUGUGCGCGUGUGUGUGUGCGCGCGCACUGUGACAGACCCAGACCAGUGGGGUACAGGUGUCUGGAAGAAGGCAAAUAUACU